UUUGGAGACCGAACUUUCUGAAGUGUGCGUUACUGUUAUGGAAAGUGUCGUAGCUUCAGUUUAUAAUUCCUGGCGUGAUGUUGCAUUUGGUGACUUACAAAAAACCUUGGAGUCAGUGGCAAGUGAACUGACAUCCAAUCAUGAGAAAAACGAUAUUUCAAGGACUAAUUUAGUAAAUCAGACUAAAGAGUUCCGAAAAUCUGCCUCCGAGGAUGUACGUAAAUAUUGUUCGACAGUUAUCAAGUGUUAUCAAUCGGAAUUCGAUGCACUUCAGAAUAGGUGUAGAUAUGCUGAAGAAGCUUACCUUUCAAUGUACAAACAACUUAUUGACCUCCCAGAUCCCUUAUUCGCACUUGGAGAACUUCACUCCUUACAAAAACGAGCUGAGAAAGCUGUAGAAUUUGAGUUCGAAUCUCGAAAAUUCAAGGAAAGCUGUGACGAAUUAAAAAUAAAAGUUCAGGAGCUCAAAAAUUACGAACGCGAAAAUAAACGUUUGCAGAAACGUCUUGACGAGUUGACGGUUUCUUUGGAAACUCAAAUACAGCUGAACAGUUCGAAGAUAGUGGAUGAAUAUCAAAGGAAGUUGGAUUUCAAAGAGCAAGAGUUUGCCAUCUUUAAAGUUGAAGCAGAGGAGAAGCUGGGUAGCUUUGAAUCUAAAAAUAUAGCGAUUUCCAAAGCACUGGAAAUGGCACAAUCUGAAUUAUUUAGGCUUAAAACAGAAGCGAACGCUACCGAAACCGGCAGGUCUUCCGAACUUGAGUUACUUAUGGAUGAUCUUGAAAAAUCAAAUGCAAAACUUGCUUCUGCUGAAGCGGAGCUGGCCAAAUUACGUGAGGAUCAUGCGGACAUCCCAAAGUUACCCAUCGCAGACAUUAGUCGACUUCAAUGUCGCAUUGAAGAGCUUGAAUUUGAACUGUCCAGUUAUUCUCAACAAAAAUCGUCAUUACUCGAUCAGUUGGAAUCGCUCAAAUCUUUGAAGUCAGCCAACGAAAAGAAUCUAGAAAAUAGUAUUCAAGAGCUGCAAACAACAAUUUGUCAGAUCAAAGCUUCUCUGGAAGUGGCUAAUAUUAAACUUGACAAUCAAUCUGAUUACGAAGAAAUAAAACGCGAACUAUCUCUUUUACGCUCAAUUGAAUUUCCUGAAAAUGUUCAGCCAAAUGGAUCGGAUAAUUUUAUUCAAGACGAAACAUCUAAUCGUGCUCCAUUGGAAGUACUUCUUUUAAAAAAGAAUAAAUCAUUGGAGAAUCAGUUGGCCGAAGCAAACGCUUUACGUGAAAAAUUUCAAAUUGAACUUACUCAAGUCCAAUCAAAUGAAGUUGAAGCCAAUCAACGAAUUAAAGAGCAAACAGAAUUAAUAAAAUUGUUAGAAUCUGAUCUUUAUCGUUUGCAGACAAAUUUGGAUGAAUCAUUAAAGUUAAAUGAUUCAAGGAACCGAUUGGAAGGUCACCAUCUUGCAGAAGUUAUCGGUGACCAAAAACCAAGUCAAUACAAUCAAUCAUUAUUGAACAUCGUACAAAAUCAACGUGAUCGAUUUCGAACACGAGCUGAAGAAUUAGAACAGAAUGAAAUAAAUUUACGCCAACAGUUGGUAUCACUUCAACGUGAAGUUGAAUCAGUACGAGCUGAUAACGUUAAAUUGUACGAGAAAAUACGUUUCUUACACUCAUAUGGUAGUCCUGUAAUACAAAAUCGACAAAAUAAUUUAUCUAAUCAGUAUUCUUCAUCAUCGGUGACAACAUCAUCGUCACCAUCACCUUGUCAAAAUCAUGAGUCAAAUGAUGCAACUAUUAUUAAAUAUUCACAUGUUUAUGAAGCUCAGUUAAAUCCUUUCAAUCAAUUUAGUCGAUAUGAGAAACAACGAGUGUAUAAAAAGUUACAACCAUAUGAAAAACUGAUGUUACAUUUGGGACGUUUUGUUAGUUCUGAUCGUAGACUUCGCUUGGGUGUAUUUUUGUAUGCAAUAUUUUUACAUUUAUUCAUAUUUAUUGCAUUGUAUAAAGCAGCUCAUUUCCAGCAUAGUGCUUUAGAAACUGAAGCUAAUUGUCAUUCUCGCUUUGAAAAACAUAUGCAAGAAGUCCAUAAUCAAGGUGGUGGGAAUCAUUAACACACAACAUACUUCAAUUAUUACUUUAUUUUCUUUUUUAUUACCUUCAAGUGUAACCCUAUUCUGUGAAUAUAAAGUCAACAUAAACAAUGUGAUUAUAUUUAUUAUAUGAUACUGAGUUCCUGUUGUAUGUGUAUGUUUUUUUUAAAAAUGAAAAAUGUCCACUUGUUUUGUGUGUGCGUGUGUAUAUUGGAGGGGAUUAGGGGGGGGCUAUACAAAGAAAAUUUAAUUUUAGAAAAUUUAUUUUGCAUUAGAAUUGUACUUUAUUUGAUAGAAAUUUUUUUGUUAAAAAUAAAACUGACUUACACUUGAA